UUAGAAAUAUUGGGUUAGACGUGUAUGGUUUGAUAUUGAUAUUAGGUCAGGAAGAAAUUGUGAUAUUCUGUUAUGGCUCAAUACAAAGAGUAUUACAGUUAAUAACAGUAUAUAAUUCCAGAUAAAAUCUCUCUUUCUUUCUUUACUUUCAAAUAAUUAUUUUGUUGUCAUAAUUUCUUUGUGAUAUACCAUACCAGCUCCUAUAAUUUUAUUCAUGCCUUCUUAUUCAUCAUAUCUAUAAAAUAAAAUAAAUAAAUAUUUAUAAAAAAACACAUAAAAUGUAUGUUUGAUUACAUAUUAAAAGAUUUGAAUAUGGAUUGAGUUAUAGAGGCAACAUAUCUAUGAAGAUUCUAGUUGGUGGCAACUGGCAUCCGAGGAGGAGAACCUUCUUCCUCUUAGACCCCCUUUUGAACUCUUUUUUUUAUUUUUAUUUUCAGAAAAAUGAUAUUAUUAAUUAUUAUUCCGUUAAAUUUGGAAGUUGUUCUAUCCCUUUUUGUUUGAUGUAAUUAUAUAAAAAAGAAAAUAAAGAUUUGGAUAUAUAGAAGUGUUUUUGUGUUGUAUCCUAUGUAUGUGUUCUAUUCAAAUGGGUUAUUAUUAUUUUUAUUAUGAUUGGUAAGUAAAAAAGAGAGGGUAGGCAUAUCAAAGGGGACAAAAUAAAAAGACCAACACCAGAGACACUGCUACACUUAAAAUAGCUAGAGGAAUGACGCAACAGUGCAAAUUAAACAAUUAGAUUCCCAUAUUUGUAUGCCGAUCUCUCCAAUGAAAAACCCCUUGGAUUUUUUCUUCUCUUCUUAUAACUCUCUCCUCAUUAAUACCCUCUUCCCUACUAAUUAGUAAUUACUCCUCUCUCAUCAUAAAUUCCCCUAACAAAACCAACCUUUCAUUUCGUGAUCAUAUCCCCAAAAUUCACACACUAUCUUCCUUUGCUUGAAUAUAUAAAUAGCUUCUCUUUCAUAUUUAUAUAUAAACAUUAAUUAUAUAUAUAUGCUAAAUAUGCCAACUGUAUCUCUUCCUAAACCUCCCCCAUUCAACAAAAGUAGUAGUAGUACAAGUGAAGAUAAUAAUAAUAAUAAUAAUAUUAGUGAGAAGAUAAACCCUUUGGUUUUUGACUCGAAAGUUGUUCAAUACCAAGCAACCAUACCCCAAGAAUUUAUUUGGCCAGACCAUGAGAAGCCAGGCUCCACAGGACCACCUGAGCUAGUGAUCCCUCCCAUUGAUUUGAAGGGCGUUUUUGAUGGAAAUGAAGUGGCAAUGUCUGAUGCAUCAAAGCUGGUCAAUGAGGCUUGCAAAAAACAUGGUUUUUUCCUUGUUGUCAACCAUGGGAUCGAUUCUGAGCUCAUCAAGAAGGCACAUCACUACAUGGACCACUUCUUUGAAAUGCAGCUCUUGCAAAAACAGAGAGCUCAGAGAAAGGUUGGUGAGCUUUGUGGUUAUGCUAGCAGCUUCACUGGAAGAUUCUCCUCUAAACUUCCAUGGAAGGAGACACUCUCUUUUCGAUUCUGUCACGACCAACAGUUUCCCACCAUUGUUGAGGACUACUUCGUUGGUGUAAUGGGUGAACAUUUCAGAGACUUUGGGAAAGUGUACCAAGAAUACUGUGAAGCCAUGAGCAAGAUCUCACUUGGGGUUAUGGAGCUUCUGGGGAUGAGCCUAGGAGUUGGGAAAGAGUAUUUCAGAGAAUAUUUUGAAGGAAAUGAUUCCAUAAUGAGAUUGAAUUACUACCCAGUUUGUCAAAAACCCGAUCUAACACUGGGGACUGGGCCUCACUGUGAUCCAACUUCUCUAACAAUACUUCAUCAGGAUCAAGUGGGUGGUCUUCAGGUGUUUGUUGAUGAUACAUGGCAUGCCAUUACUCCUAAUCCAGAUGCUUUUGUUGUUAACAUUGGUGACACUUUCAUGGCUCUAUCAAAUGGGAUUUACAAGAGUUGUUUGCAUAGAGCAGUGGUAAACAACAAAACAGUGAGAAGAUCUCUGGCUUUCUUCCUCUCCCCAAAGAUGGACAAAUUGGUAAUUCCACCAAAAUGUUUGGCGGGUCCCAAUAAUCCGAGGUUGUAUCCUGAUUUCACCUGGUCUUCUCUUCUAGAAUUCACUCAGAAGCAUUACAGGGCAGACAUGAAAACCCUCAAUGCCUUUACCCAGUGGAUCAUUUCUCACCAAAUCAACUGAUGAAAACACAGACACACAUGAUCAUAUAUAAUAAUAAAAAUAAUAAUGAAAAAGAUAAUAAUAGUACACUCCGAUUUGAUUUUACUAUGAGCUCUGUUUGUUGUAUUUCCCAGGCUGGUCCAAAAAGAGUGAUUGAUACUGUUGUGAUCAGUGAUUGUCACAAUUGAUGGAGAGAAUUAUGUAAAUGAAAUGAAAAGAAUAUUUUGAUAUAUUUAUAAUUAUUAGAUUGUUAUUGGAGUGUGAUGUUAUUAUAGACAACGGUUACUUUGCUUGUUAUAAUUUUGUUCUCUUCUAAUAUUAUUAAAUCAAGAUUAUAUA